AUUCAAGAAAACAGCAUGUCUUAUUGCUUGGCUAUAUGCAUAUUACAGGUUUCUCGUUCUAAGCUUUAAAGUUAUUGUUCUUAUGUUGUUUGAUUUGGUAAGAACACUGAAGUAUCCAUUCAAGGUUUUCAAGAGACUGAUCCACACCAUCCCCGCAUCACCUCAUAGCUCUUUCCUCUCCAAACAUCUCCUGCAUCAACCUCCCUCACCUCCUUCCCUCUCAGGACCUUCAUACAGAGCUCCCACUCGACGUUAUAAUCCAAUCUAUCCACGAAUUAAACAAACAUCACAAUCUAGUGCAGUGGUCAAGCUCCUUAGCUUCCACUCCAAACAAUGACAAUCUCGCUGACAUUCAAUACCAGCUUUUAUUCCCCUCUAUGAUCUUCCUUUAAUACCCAAUGAUAUCUUAGCAAGCGUUGCUAUUCUUGUCGUUUACUGGUUAUGAGUUCCUAACAAAAGCUUGCUUGCUAAUGUGUGCUGUUCCUUCAUUAGCAGGUGGGCAAUUGGUUAGUGGGCGGCCUUUCUGUACUGCGGUAUGUAUACAUCUUUCUCAUCAAAUAAUCGAGGGGCUUGAUCACACACUACUUUUUUUUUUGAUUGGUUUGACUUGGUAGUCAUUGAGAGUGUGGACGACCUUGAUGGGGCAGGUACAUCUUUAGCGGUGAGGUGGACGUCAAGGUUUCGCCGUUCAGAAAGUCAUAGAAAUGAUCCGUCCCCAAAAUACCACGUCUCAUAUUUUCGGAAAGUUCGAACCUACGUCAGAUUGUUUUUGAAUUGGUGAUUGCUGUCAACUAAGUGGAGGUUAACAGGGAAAGUAACCAUGUCACUUAGUCAUUUCUCUUUCGUCUUACCCCUGAAUUGUUUUUCAUGAUUUGAUCCUUCCUAAGUACCCCAUCACUAUCUUCGAUGCCUUGAACAUUUCGAAUCCCUUCUAGGAAGUGGAAGAGAUUAAUGUACCAGUCUAGUAUUGAUGAACUAGGCGCCUCACCCACGGUCCGAUAUUGAUAUUGACCACUUGGCUGAAAUCAUCUAGGUUGUAAAGAUCGAGCCACCCAACUUCAACACUCUUCCUAACCCGAUGCAUAAGCUGUUUUUACAGAUGGCGCAACGGUUGUGCGAGAUGCAGGUUUCUGGAAGAUGUGAACAGCCAUAGGACUUUACCCCAAUCAAAUAUAUUUAUACAAGCACAUGAAUUGAUGAUUCCAAGAUGAACUGGUCUCAUUAUGUUUGGCGAGAUGGAAAGAAACUUCACAAAUGGUGGUUUACUUUUCAUAAUCUUGGGUUUAGUGUGAAUAUUGCACAGUGAAAGUGAAUCGACGAGUAUCCGGCCGAAAUUGAGAUGUCGAUGAUGCAUGAUAGUAAGUUACUAACUGUUCAAGUUGAGAGGUAAUGCUCCAAAUGACCCGAAAUCCGGGCAUAUUUAUACAACAUAUAGGAGUAUAAAUUUCAUCAUGCUAAUCCAUGCCUAUAUAGUUUGAGCGUUUCCCAUUCAAUUUUUUUCUUUUUUCUACCUUCAUACCAUAUAUAUAUAUACUACUAAGAGACUUAAGCAACCACGCUGUGUCAUAGCUGUUCAUUAUUACAACAUCACGUCGUCUUAUCCACGACUGCAAUUUAUUCGUUCUUCGAUUUCCGCUUGCCUUUAACCUUUAGCACUCGGGCAUUACCAUGUAAGUUCCUCUAUUUCGUUUUGCUAUUGUUCUUUAGCUGACGCUAAUAGAUAUUCUGCGAAGAAAGCUACAGUGUCUCGAACUUCAAACCCACACAGACAAGAUGUCGAACCGUUCCGUACCGAAUCCACCAGUCAUUCUUAACUAUGAUGGUCACGGCGAUGAGGUAUUGCCGAUGGUUUGGGACGUCUAUCUCUGCGGAUGCGCCAUCUCUCGACCAAAGGAUCUUACAGAUGCACCAGGACGUCCAAAAUACAAACUUAAGGGCGACCUUUGUCCGUUGAGGGAUUGUGCCCCUUGCAAAUAUGCCACAGAGUUUCUUAGCGAGGCCCUAAACAUCUAUAGAGAGCGAUAUAUGGAUGUACUUAUCCGGGAUCUCAAGCACAAAUGGGAAAUAGCCAAGGGCGAAGAUGCUUUCGUCGACGGCGAUAAUCCUCCUCCGGUAAAGACGCCUUUCUGGCUUCUCACAAGUAUUUGGGAUCAAACGACGCUGAAAGAAUUUCAUGACGGGAUCCAUGACGAAGAUGUGAGUAGGGGAUUUUUUUUAAGUGAAGUGGGUAGUCGUCCCGAGGACUUAAGCUCGGGAGAGCUGGAAAGUGACUGGAUUUCAAAGGCUGUUGUUCUCUAGCAGGAUUCGGUGCCUCACAUUCAUUUGCAGUUUUAGGAUCCCUUUAAAGGUGUGGUAGAAGUGAUAUAAUCAAGCCUGACUUUUUUCCUC